AUGGCAAUCUUCCGUGUGCUGACGCCGCAGAAGCGUGGUAGCGCCCGUGGAUUCUACACCUGCCUGGCUCCUGUAGCCACAAUAUCGGCGGCACGCAUCAGCGAUGUCACGUCAAGGGGCAGCGGUCUCGGUGAGCACCGAACAAGUUGCGCGGCGCGAGCCUCGGCGCCGUCCAACCGCCACACCAGAGGGCUACAUACUUCCGCGGCCAGACGUAACAAGGACCCCUACGCCGUGCUCGGAGUCAGCCGAAACGCUUCCACCGAUGAAAUCAAACGGAAGUUUCGGGAGUUGGCAAAGAAGUACCACCCGGACCUUAACCCUUCGCCGGACGCGAAGCAGAAGAUGGCAGAGAUAUCGAGUGCGUACGAACUGCUGUCUGAUCCCCAGAAACGCAAGAUUUACGACCAAACGGGCAUGAACGCGAGCGACGGUGGAUACGACCCAUCCGGUAGGCGGAACAGACGCGCAAUUACAUGUCACGCAGCGGGAUUCAGCGGCUUCGGCGACUCCUCGUUCAUGUUCACCGACUUUGCGGAGAUGUUCUCGCGCAUGGCAGGAGGCCACGGCGCGGGUAACGCGUUCACUGGGAGCGCCCGUGGCGACGACAUCCAGACUGAGAUUAGCAUCACGUUCAUGGAGGCAGUCAAGGGGUGUUCGAAGAACAUCAACAUCCCUGCUAGAGUGGCUUGUGGCGAUUGCAAGGGCCUAGGUCGGCAACCAGGAACGAGCAUAGAAGUCUGCAAAAUAUGCAACGGGACGGGAGUGCAACGCAUGGAACGCGGGCCCAUCAUCAUCGGCGUGCCGUGCAGGACGUGUAGCGGCACGGGGCAGGUCAUCGCUCACCCAUGCCGCGCUUGCGGAGGAACGGGUGACAGGGCGCAGACGAAGUCUGUGAACAUUAACAUACCCGCUGGAGUCAGGCAGGGGAUGCAGAUGCGCAUACCCAACCAGGGGCACGUUGGGAUGCGCGGCGGGAAGAGCGGGCAUCUCUUCGUGAACAUCAACAUCCAGCCGCACCAGAUUUUCAAGUGGAUCGAUGACGACAUACACGUUCACUUGCCCAUAUCGCUCAAACAGUGCCUGCUCGGGGGAAACGUGGUUGUGCCCACGCUGGAUGGAUACACCGACCUCACCAUCGGCCCCAACUGCCAGUCCUUUUUCAUCAAGACGCUUAAGAACAAGGGCCCGCCCAAGGUGGACAGCCGUAACAACGGCAACUUGGUCGUGCAUCUCGAGCUCAGGCUCCCGGACACACUCACCGCUCGCCAGAAGGAGCUUGUCGAGGAGUUCGACAAGGAAACUCCCAGUGACUCGCGGUCGUCCCGCAACACAAGCGAAAGCGCCCACGAAGAAGACAAAAACCGAUGGUGGAAGCGCGUUGUCGGUGCCAAAAAUCACUAA